UUUUAAGGAACAUAAGAACAUAAACAUAUACAUAUAUAUUUGUUGUGUUUGAAGAAAGAAUCUUAAUUAGUAGCAUUAUAUUAUGGCUACUAGAAGAUAUGCUUUUGGGAGGGUUGAUGAGGCAACACACCCUGAUUCCAUGAGGGCUACCUUAGCUGAAUUUGCAUCCACUUUCAUCUUUGUCUUUGCUGGAGAAGGCACUGGCCUUGCUCUAGAUAGGAUAUACAAGGAUGAAGCAUUCUCAGCUGGAGAACUGUUGUCACUUGCACUUGCACAUGCAUUUGCACUAUUUGCGGCGGUUUCUGCUAGCAUGCAUGUCUCCGGUGGUCAUGUCAACCCGGCGGUGACCUUCGGAGCUCUCAUCGGCGGCAGAAUCUCCGUCGUCCGUGCCAUCUAUUACUGGGUUGCUCAACUUCUAGGUUCUAUAGUGGCUUCCCUCUUGUUGAGGCUUGUCACCAACAACAUGAGACCAGGAGGGUUCCAUGUGACAUCAGGGCUUGGAGCAGGACAUGGGCUUAUACUUGAGAUAGUGAUGACAUUUGGGCUUAUGUACAUAGUAUAUGCCACUGCUAUUGAUCCCAAAAGGGGUUCUAUUGGGGCCAUUGCACCUUUGGCAAUUGGGCUCAUUGUUGGAGCAAACAUCCUUGUUGGAGGCCCAUUUGAUGGGGCCUGUAUGAACCCAGCACUUGCUUUUGGGCCUUCCUUGGUGGGCUGGAGAUGGCACUACCACUGGAUCUAUUGGGUUGGCCCACUCAUUGGAGCAGCCAUUGCAGCAAUCAUGUAUGAGUACAUUAUCAUCCCAGUUGAGCCUCCUCAUACUCAUCAACCGUUGGCUCCUGAAGAUUACUAGCUACCUCUACCUCUGCCCUAAUAAUAAUGU